AUGGAUAAAGAGUGGAUGUCUGCUAAUCGUCUAUCCAAAAAAUAUUGGGAUGGGGUGGCAGACUUUAUUAAGUUUGCAGUAAAUAAUGCAGAAGACUGCAGGCGAAUUGUUUGCCCUUAUUUAAGCUGUGGUAAUGUGAAGUCAGUUUCUCCUGAAACAUGUGAACUUCACUUAUUUAAGUAUGGAAUUGAUCAAAGUUAUAAAUGUUGGGUAAAACAUGGAGAGAUACCUGAAGAUGUGAAUAAUAGUAGCUGGGCAUAUAUGAAAAGUUGUUCAUCAUCACCAAAUUCUGACACAAGUGCAUAUAAGGCUGACUGCUGUUUUGAAGAAUUAGCUAAUGAGAUGGAAGGGGAACUCAAAAAUUUUCUAGAGAAAUUGAAGAAGUUGAAAAUUGAUGUGGAGACACCUUUGUAUGAGGGUUGUACUGAGUUCACUUUAUUGUCCGCUGUGUUAGAAUUGUAUAACUUGAAAGCUACAAGUGGGUGGAGUGAUACUAGCUUCUCAAGCUUGCUCUCUCUAAUCAGACUAAUGCUACCAAAGAAUAACAAGCUUCUAAGUCAGCUAUAUGAUGCAAAGAAGGUGUUACGCACAGUUGGCCUGAGUUAUAAGAAGAUACAUACUUGCCCUAAUGAUUGCAUCUUGUUUAGGAAUGAAUACGAAGAGCUAACCCACUGUCCUAAGUGUGAGGCAUCACAUUAUAUGAAGAAUGGGAAGAGUCCAAAGAAGGCGAUAUGGUAUUUUCCUAUUAUUCCAAGAUUCAGACGCUUGUAUAGCAUACGUCAAGAGGCAAAGAAUCUAACAUGGCAUGCACAUGGGAGAAUUAAAGAUGACAAGGUUCGGCAUCCAGCUGAUUCUCCUGAAUGGACAAGGUUCGAUUGGAAGUACCCUGAGUUUGGAAAAGAAGAUAGGAAUUUAUGUCUCGCAUUGUCUACCGAUGGGAUGAACCCGCAUGGAAUGCAGAGUAGUACCUACAGUACAUGGCCUGUGAUGAUGGUCAUUUAUAACUUUCCUCAUUGGCUUUGCAUGAAGCGAAAGUAUAUUAUGUUGUCCUUGCUAAUCUCGGGGCCAAAGCAUCCCGGAAAUGAUAUAGAUGUUUAUUUGGAACCACUUAUUGAAGACUUGAAGCUAAUGUGGGAAACAGGUGUAGAGGUAUAUGAUGCCUACAGAGAAGAGAUAUUCAAUUUGAGAGCUAUGCUUUUUGGUACAAUUAAUGACUUUCUGGCGUAUGGUAAUCUAUCAGGAUAUAGCAUUAAAGGACAACUUGGAUGCCUUAUUUGUGAAGAAGGCACACAUUCAAUGAAGUUGCAAUAUGGUAUGAAGAAUGUGUACCUUAGGCAUCGCAGAUGGUUGGGUGACAAGCAUCGAUAUCAUCGUUGGAAAAAAUCAUUUGAUGGGAAAUCAGAAGAAAGAAGGCCACCAAAGCAAUUGACUAGUGAGGAACUAUUUGAGAAGGUAAAAGAUGUUGAUAUUGAAUUUGGUAAACCGUUUGUGAAGCAUGUUAGAACAAAUGGGUGGAAGAAAAUGUCUAUAUUCUUUGAGUUGCCAUAUUGGAAGACCUUAAAUGUCAGACACUUCCUUGAUUUAAUGCAUAUUGAGAAAAAUGUUUGUGAUAGUCUUAUUGAAACAUUGCUUAAUAUUCCAGGAAAGAUCAAGGAUGGCAUUAAUGCAAGGUUAGACAUGGUUGCGAUGGGGAUAAGAGAAGAAUUGGCACCACAAGGGAAAGGAACUCGUACAUUUCUUCAUGCUGCGGCUCACACACUGUCUAGAAAAGAAAAGAAAAGUUUCUGUGAGUUUCUUGUUGCAAUUAAGAUUCCAAAUGGGUACUCUUCAAAUGUUAGGAAUCUUAUUUCAAUGAAGGAUCUAAAGCUGAAGGGUUUAAAGACUCAUGAUUGUCAUGUUUUGAUGGAGAAUUUUAUUCCAGUGGCUAUACGUGGUAUUUUACCUGAUAAUGUGUGA